AUGGGGAUGAAAGAAUUAGCAGUAUGGAUUGUAAGUCUCUCGGUGGCAUGUGCUUUGAGAGUCUCUCUGGAACCAGCAAGAGCUCCCAACCACAACAACAGAAUCUGUAGCACCUGGGGAAACAGCCAUUUUAAGACCUUUGAUGGAGAUGUCUACCAGUUUAAUAGCACCUGUGACUACAACUUUGCCUCUGACUGUCACAACUCGCUUCCCGAGUUUUCUGUUCACAUCCAGCGGGCAGAUACAGAGGGCAAACUUCUCAUUGAAUCUGUGGUGAUAACCAUCAAAGAUUAUAUCAUCUUCUUGACUAAGGACACUGCUGUUGUCAAUGAGGAAAAAGUCUCCAAUGCAUUCUAUGGACCUAGACUUUUACUGGAAAGAAGCCACAGCUACACCAAGCUUUUCACUAAGAUGGGGCUCAUUUUAAUGUGGAAUGGUGAAGAUGCACUUAUGGUGGAACUGGACACUCAAUUCCAAAAUCAAACCUGUGGCUUGUGCGGCGAUUACAAUGGAAUUCAAGUGUACAAUGAGUUUAUUUCAAAAGAUGAAUCUUUCACCCCAAUCCAGUUUGUAAAACGGCAGAGAAUUUACAAACCCAAUGACAACUGUAAAGAUCCAGUUGAAGUGGGUACUGUGGUGGACUGCAGCAUGCAUAGGGGCAAGUGUGAAAUCUUACUGAGUGAGAGUGCUUGGGCAGAUUGCCUGAGUCGCGUGGAUAAAGAAGUCUUCAUUCAAGCUUGCAUGAAGGACAUUUGCAAUUGUCCAAACUCUGCAAGUGAUUUCUGCCUCUGUGGUACACUUUCUGAAUUAUCAAGGCAGUGCUCCCAUGCUGGCGGCAAACCUGGGAACUGGAGGAGUGACAGCUUCUGCCCCAAGAAGUGUCCAUUCAACAUGAUUUAUGAAGAGAGCCGUUCUCCAUGUUUGGAUACCUGUUUUAAUCAGGAUGCCAGCAAACUGUGUAAAGAACAUGAUAUGGACGGCUGCUUUUGCCCCCCAGGAAUGGUUGUGGAUGAUCUUUCAAAUACUGGUUGCAUACCAGCCACAGAGUGCAAAUGCUCACUGCAUGAUACAUAUUUCAAACCAGGAGAGAUCGUCAAGCAGGAGUGUGAGGAAUGCCUGUGCAACUCUGGCAAAUGGAUGUGUAAGAACCUGCCAUGUUCUGCAACCUGCUCUGUGGAAGGUGGAACCUAUAUCACCACCUUUGAUGGGAAGUCCUAUACUUUCCAUGGCAACUGCUACUACAUCUUGACAAAGAUUCCUGGAGACAAGGGCUUCACUGUUUUAGUAGAACUAAUUCCAUGUGGCACUCAGCAGCUGGAUGCUUGUAUGAAAACUAUGGUACUUCUGCCAGAUAACAACAGCAACAACGCAUUGUCUUUUGAAGCAGGUGGGAGAGUUUUUCAGAAUAAUGCUGAAAUCCACUUACCCUAUGUAACAGCCAACAUUAAGAUCUUCAAGCCUUCGUCUUUUCACAUCAUGAUCCAGACAGAGGCUGGCCUUCAGAUUCAACUACAACUGGUUCCCAUAAUGCAAAUUUAUAUUGCAUUGGAUCAUUCCAACAAAAAAAAGAUGGAAGGUCUUUGUGGAAACUACAAUGAUGCCCAGGCUGACGAUUUCAAGACAUUCCAAGGAAUAGUAGAGGGCACAGCUGCCUACUUUGCCAACACAUGGAAAGUCCACAGCAGCUGCCCAGACCAGAAGGACCACUUGGAAGACCCAUGUGCCAUCAGUGUGGAGAAUGAACAAUAUGCUGAACACUGGUGCUCUGCACUUCGGGAUGAAAAAGGACUCUUUUCAAAGUGUCAUACUAUGGUUGACCCUCAAGAAUACUAUAAGAAAUGCAAAUACUCCACCUGCAGCUGUGAAAAGAGUGAAGACUGCUUGUGUGCAUCACUGUCCUCAUAUGUGAGGGCCUGUAUGGCUAAGGGCAUCACCUUGGAAGGAUGGAGAAAGAAUGUCUGUGUUAAGUAUGCAGAAAGCUGUCCUGCUACAAAAAUCUUCUCCUAUGGUAUAAAGAGAUGUCAACAGACCUGCCGCUCCCUCAGCAUGGGUAGUCAGGCUUGCACUAUGAAUUUCAAACCCGUGGAUGGAUGCUCCUGCCCAGAAGGUUUUUACCAGAAUGACCAAGGGAGCUGUGUGCCCAAGGCAAAGUGCCCAUGCUACCAUAAAGGAGACUGGAUUGAACCUGGAAAGACUAUAAUGAUACAAGAUGAAAGUUGCAUCUGUGCAAAUGGGAGUUUGCAUUGCCAAGUUUCAGCACGCAAGAUAGAAGAAUCUCUCUGUACUGCUCCAAUGGUCUAUGUUAACUGCAGUAAUGCUAAGGUCGGUACAUCUGGAGUGGAGUGCAGGAGGACCUGCCAUAAGAAUGAUGGAAUCUGUUAUGCUGUGGAGUGCCAGUCAGGUUGUGUGUGCCCUUCAGGAAUGAUUGAUGAUGGCAGAGGCAACUGCGUUAAGGAAUUUCAAUGUCCCUGUAUUCACAAUGGAGCAUAUUACUUCAAUGGAGCACACAUCAAGGUCAAGUGCAACACAUGCGUCUGUCAGAGUGGUACUUGGCAAUGUACAACUAAGAAGUGCCCCGGAACUUGUACCAUUUAUGGAGGAGGACACUACAUUACUUAUGAUGGCCUGCGCUAUGAAUUUGAAGGAGACUGUGAAUACAUCGCAACACAGGACAACUGCAGAGAUCCAUCCAAGAAUAGCACCUUCAGUGUCAUCACUGAAAAUGUGCCGUGUGGAACAACAGGUGUGACUUGCUCAAAAUCCAUCAAAGUUUAUCUUGGGGAAACCGAACUUAAACUGGGAGAUGGAAAAGUUCAGCUCCAGCCACUUGAAAAAGAAAAAAAUGUAACCUGUAAAGUCCACAGGAUUGGCAUAUACUAUGCUGUUGAAACUGACAUUGGACUUACUCUUUUAUGGGACCGACGGACCACUGUUUACAUCACUCUAGCCCCAGAUUACAAGGGACAAGUCUGCGGUGUAUGUGGAAACUUUGAUGAUAACACAAAAAAUGACUUUACCACCAGAAAUCAGCUCAUUGUGGCGAGCCCUAUGGAAUUUGGGAACAGCUGGAAGGUUUCCAGUUCCUGUCCUAAUGUUGAUGUUGAUGUAGACCCCUGUUCCGUCUCUGCUCACCGAAAGAACUGGGCACAAAUACAAUGUAAUAUUAUUUUGGAUGAUGUGUUCAAGGCUUGUCACUGCAUGGUGGACCCCGUUCCUUACUAUGAGGCAUGUGUUCAUGAUUCCUGCGCCUGUGAUGCUGGAGGAGACUGUGAGUGCCUCUGCACAGCCAUUGCUGCUUAUGCUGCAGCCUGCAAUCAUGUUAACAUGUGCAUCAACUGGAGAAAUGAAGACCUCUGCCGUUGCUUCCCUCAGUGUCCUCCAGACAGACCAAUCUUCCAUGAGAAAAAUAAUACCUGCGUAGCUUAUGAGAAGUGUGGCUGUGUAAUUAACGGCACCUACUAUAACCCUGGUGACAAAGUUCCCAGUGAUGAACCAUGUCAGGAAUGUAUUUGCACAUCAUAUGACAAUAAAACGUGCAUCAGAAAUGAAACCUGCAUUACAAAAUGUGCUUGGACAGAAUGGUUUGAUGAUCACUACCCAAAUAAUGAAGGAGAAUAUGAAUUAGUACAAAAUAUUAAAGAUCUAAAUUGUGAAAAAAUUGAGAAGGUGGAAUGCAGAUCUGUCCCCUUCCCUGACAUAAGCCUAGAGGAUCUGGGCCAAACAGUCACAUGUGACAAUAAAGGACUGACGUGCCACAAUAAAAAUCAAACAAAGAUCCCUCCAAAAUGUUAUAACUAUGAAAUACGAGUAUGGUGCUGCACUCCAUGUUUCGGAACUCCAACUUCAACUCCAACCACCACCACAACAGAAUCUACAACAACUCCAACCACCACCAUAACAACAACAGAAUCCACAACUCCAACCACAACCACAGAAAGUACCACAAUCCCAACCACCACCACAACCACAGAAUCCACAACUACUCCAACCACCACUACAACAACAGAAUCUACAACAACUCCAACCACUACCACAACAACAACAGAAUCCACAACAACCACAACCACAGAAAGUACAACAACUCCAACCACCACCACAACAACAACAGAAUCCACAACAACUCCAACCACCACCACAACAACAGAAUCUACAACAACUCCAACCACCACAACAACAGAAUCCACAACAACUCCAACUACCACCACAGAAAGUACAACAACUCCAACCACCACCACAACAACAGAAUCUACAACUCCAACCACCACCACCACCACGACAACAACAGAAUCUACAACUCCAACCACCACCACAGAAAGUACAACUCCAACCACCACUAUAAUAACAGAAUCUACAACAACUCCAACCACCACCACAGAAAGUACAACAACUCCAACCACAACCACAACAACAGAAUCUACAACAACUCCAACCACCACCAUGCCACCAACAGAAUCUACAACAACUCCAACCAGCACCACAACAACAGAAUCUACAACAAUUCUAACCACCACCACAACAACAGAAUCUACAACAACUCCAACCACCACCACAACAACAACAGAAUUCACAACAACUCCAACCACCACCACAGAAAGCACAACAACACCGACCACCACCACAACUACAACGCCAACAACUACCACAACUACAACAACAAUCUCUACUACAAGACCACCAGGAUGUCCAGAUUUUGGCAAAGUAACUGGAGAGAUUUUUGAGAUCUGUAACUGCACCACAGUAAAGUGUCUUGAAAACAACACCCUGCAGUAUAUUCCUUAUAAUUGUACCCCACCAGAGAAAUUCACUUGUGCAAGUGGACGGCCCUCUAAUACUGUAAUGGAUGAAAAAUUCUGCUGCAAACUAGAGGUUUGUGAUUGUUACUGCACUGGCUUUGGAGACCCACAUUACAUUACAUUUGAUGGACAAUACUACAGUCAUCAAGGGAACUGCACCUAUCUGCUAGUAGAAGAGAUUCGUCCCAAUUAUGACAAUUUCAAGAUUUACAUUGAUAACGUUCAUUGUGAUAUUCGUGACCGAGUGUCUUGCCCACGCUCCAUCAUUGUAUCCUUUGAAUCCCAGGUCAUUGAAUUGAAGAACAUGGAAACAAAUGGGCGUGUAAAACUGAAGGUAAGUGUUUUUGUGAACAGUAAAGAAGAGCACCUGCCAUUCAAGAGAUACGGAAUGAAGGUUUACAGCUCAGGUCUCAACCUCAUUCUUGAAAUCCCAGAAGCAGAAAUAGAAGUGACCUUCAAUGGAGUGGCCUUUACAAUUAAGUUGCCUUACCAGAAAUUUGGAAACAAUACUCAAGGACAAUGCGGAACCUGCAACAACAACAGAGCUGAUGACUGCCUACUGCCAGGUGGACAGCUUGUGGACAGUUGUGAGGUGAUGGCAGACUACUGGCUUGUGGAAAACCCCAAUAAGUCUCAUUGCACACCACCAACGCUGCUACCAACUGUCCCUCCAUCAAAACCUACUUUGAAAACCUCUGAAGUACCAUGCACUGCCAACUCUCUCUGCCAGAUUAUCAAAAACAGUGUGUUUGAAGACUGUCACAAAUUACUGUCUCCAGAUCCUUACUAUGAAGCUUGUAUUUUUGAUGGCUGUCAAAUGCCAGACACAGAUAUUGAGUGUUCCAGUCUACAGAACUAUGCUUCCAUGUGUUCCAGCGUGGGUGUUUGUUUGUACUGGAGAAAUUUCACCAACAACAGAUGUCCAUCCACCUGUCCUACAACGAAAAUAUAUAAGCCCUGUGGACCACUGGAACAAGACACUUGUACACAACGGUCAACGGAUGUUAGCAACAUGACAACAGAAGGAUGUUUCUGCCCAGAUGGAACCACUUUGUUCAGUCCAAAUUCUGACAUCUGCGUGAAGAAAUGUGGAUGCCUUGAUCCCAAUGACAUACCUAGGAAGUUUGGAGAGAAAUUUGAAUACAACUGCCAGGACUGUAUUUGUGAUGAGGACACAAAGACCGUCAAGUGUGUAGAUCAUUCAUGCCCCGUCAUCCCAGAACCCAACUGCAAUGACCCAGGCUUUGUGCUUUCCAACGAGACAAGUGUGGAUGAUCCUUGCUGCACAGAACUGAUCUGCAGAUGCAACAUUUCUUUGUGCUAUCCAAAUCACCUAAAAUGCAGCCCUGGAUUCCAAUCAGUUACAAAAAUAGAAGAAGGCAAAUGCUGCCCUGUCUACACCUGUGAGCCAAUGGAUGUUUGUGUCUUCAAUUCUGUGGAAUACCAGGUUGGAGUUCCAGUUCCGCUAGAUAAAUGCCAGACAUGUGUCUGCAGCCAAGAAAUCGAUCCUAAAGAAAAACUACACAUCAUUAACUGUGUGCCUGUGAAAUGUGAUGAAACUUGUGAGCCGGGAUUCAGAUAUCACCCAUCAAAGGAGGAGUGCUGUGGCAAGUGUAUCCAGGAGCAAUGUUAUAUACAAUACAAGGGAACCAAUCAGCUGAUCAAGCCUGGUGAAAAAUGGUCUCCUGAACACGAUAAAUGCUCUGUACACAGUUGCAUCCACAUCAAAGAUACCGUCAUAUCAACUGUAGCAAAAAUUGUGUGUCCUGCAUUCCAUCCUAAAAACUGCCAACCAGGAACUAUACAGACUGCUCCUGAUGGCUGCUGUAAAACAUGUCUGGAGAAGAACAAGUCCUGCAAGCUUCAGACAAUUACCAGCUUUAUAACUGAUAGGGGAUGCAAGUCUUUACAACCCGUUAAAACAACAUUCUGUGAGGGCGCCUGUAACACCUACUCCAAAUACUCUGCCUCAGCAGCCAACAUGCAGCAUAGAUGCACUUGCUGCCAGGAGGUGAAGACCCACAAUGAAACCAUCAGUUUGGCCUGCAGCGAUGGAACCAUUAAGCCUUAUAAUUACAUCUACGUGGACAAAUGCGACUGUCGCACCACUUCUUGUGGGCCUGACUUCAGUAGAACAAGAACCCGGAGAUACCUUCCGAAAACUGCAAGAUGCCUUGAUCCCGAUAACGAACCUCGGGAGUUUGGAGAGACAUUUGUAUACAACUGCCAGGACUGCACUUGUGAUGAGGACACAAAGACCGUCAAGUGUGUAGAUCAUUCAUGCCCUGUCAUCCCAGAACCCAACUGCAAUAACCCAGGCUUUGUGCUUUCCAACGAGACAAGUGUGGAUAAUCCUUGCUGCACAGAACUGAUCUGCAGAUGCAACAUUUCCUUGUGCAAGCCAAAUGACAUAAAAUGCAGCCAUGGAUUCCAAUUAUUUACAAAAAUAGAAGAAGGCAAAUGCUGCCCUGUCUACACCUGUGAGCCAAAGGAUGUUUGUGUCCACAAUUCUGUGGAAUACCAGGGAUUCAAAUAUCACCCAUCAAAGGAGGAGUGCUGUGGCAAGUGUACCCAGGAGCAAUGUUAUAUACAGUACAAGGGAACCAAUCAGCUGAUCAAGCCUGGUGAAACGUGGUCUCCUGAACACGAUAAAUGUUCCGUACAGAGUUGCAUCCACAUCAAAGAUACCGUCAUAUCAACUGUAGCAAACAUUUUGUGUCCUCCGUUCCAUCCUGAAAACUGCCAGCCAGGAACUAUACAGACUGCUCCUGAUGGAUGUUGUAAAACAUGUCUGGAGAAGAACAAGUCCUGCAAGCUUAAGACAAUUACCAUCUUUAUAACUGAUAGGGGAUGCAAGUCUUUACUACCCAUUGACAUGACAUUCUUUGAGGGCGCCUGUGACACCAGCUCCAAAUACUCUGCCUCAGCAGCCAACAUGCAGCAUAGAUGCACUUGCUGCCAGGAGGUGAAGACCCACAAUGAAACCAUCAGUUUGGCCUGCGACGAUGGAACCAUUAAGCCUUAUAAUUACAUCUACAUGGACAAGUGCGACUGUCACACCACUUCUUGUGGGCCUGACUUCAGGAGAACAAGAACCCGGAGAUACCCUCCGAAAAUUGCAAGUGAGGAGUUUCAUUGAAAACGCUAUAAACACAUGAAUGAAUUUUGUCACUUUGACCAUGCACUAGUUUUCUGAAUGAAAUCUCUAUUUAUUGUUCUUUUGCUUCAUGCUAUUAAUAUCAGCUGCUAAUUAGUCACUUUUUUCAUGUGUUAGAAGUAGAUGUUAAAGCCUUGCAUAUUAAUAACUAAAUUUUACUUUCUUAACAAAUAAAAACAAUGUGAAAUAUUCUUGUCUAACAUUUCUCAUUCUAAGUAUGUCAUAAAUGAAGGCUGACCCUGCACUCUGAUCUCCAGAGGUCAUAUGAAAAGACAUAAUCAUAAUCCCCUCAGGGAUUAAAACAGUGUUCCAAAAAUAAUUAAAUAACCUAAGCUGUAUAGUGCAGUAUGUGGUAGGCUCUAGCAUGCUGAGUAAAGGGGCCUUUUAUUUCUGCACUUGAGGGGUGCUCUUAGUUUAUUUUUGUGGGCUGACAUAAUCAGAUACAUACAGGGAUACACAAAGUUGUACUUCAAAUGCAUGCAAUGAGCAGUUCAGUUUACUUACAAAAAUAAGCUAAGGUCAAUCGUUAAUCAUUUCAGACCCCAGUAGCUCUGAUUGCUUUCUAUACCACAUUACUAUUAAUAGGACUGCAUAUUUGGCUGAUGCCUUUAUCCAAGAUGAUUUUCAAGAUCAUGAUACAAUACAAAAAUUGGCACAAAAUGGAAUUACGAGGCUUACUCAGGAUCACGUAGCAUAUCAGUGACCCUGAGGUCUUCAUUAUAUACUGCACAUCAGAUUCAUUUUGAUUGUGUAGAAGAUGAUUACAGUUUUGAUAGCUUAACAUGUUCUUAUUUGCAUCAUUUAAAAUUAUACAUCAUUCAGAGAAUAAUUUUUGGUAAUUCCACAUAUGUAGUUACCAUAUGUAAAGCUGUGAAUGGGAAGCAGGAUUAGAGAAUGUAUAUUAUAUCUUCAGUUAUUGUCUGUUGAUUUAAAUGGCCAAUUUGUUUAUUGUGUGUUUCUGAAGUACAUAACCAGAGUUUAUCUGUAAACUUAUUCAGCCUUAGCAACUGUUCCAUUUAAACCAAACAUCAUAAUCUUUACUGAUAGGUGAGCAAAUAAAACUUAGCAUAGCGAAAUCAUUCUGUCCACAUACCCCUCUUUUUGUUCCAAUCUUGUUGUCUGGAAUUCCUCAUCCAUGGUGGCCAAAAAACACAUUUUCAUUCACUCCCUUUCUAAAUGCGCAAGACUGUAAAGGGGCAAGAAUUGGGUGGGUUCUGUGUGUAUCAGCAGACAGCAAUUUGCUUUUCCAGCGACCAUGAUAAAAUACAGUUAUCAUUUAUCAUAAAUUAUGUAAUAUGUAAACCACAAAAGGAAAAAAUGUGGUUUAAAGAAGAGCAGAAAGUGAAAGGAGCAGAAAGUGAAAGGACCAUUGGGUCUGUGGUAGUGCUGCAAACCUCUGGUGAAAAAUAAGUCAAAACAGGAGGAAAGUUCUGUCAACUAAACAAGUAAUAAUUUCUGUUUGUCUCUCCUUGUAUAAUGCAACAUAUCAACAUAAAGUGAGUUUCAGCCACACUCCAGGUCCUACCUGAAUGACAGGAGGCAGAAAUUCGGUAAUACUUUACAUUAAGUGUCCAUAAUUACACUGUAACUACUAUGUAACUACAGUGCAAAAUGGUUAACAAUUUUGGCUCACAGAUCCUUUAUCCUGAGAUGGAAUUCUGUCUGGAGAUAUGUGUGUA